GAUAAAGUCAAUGACACUGUCGUAUACAAAUCUAUCAAAUCAUUCCCCUCGGUCCGUAGACUUCAGCCCUCAGAGCGCAAACGUAUCUUGGUCACUGGUGGCGCAGGAUUUGUAGGAUCUCAUCUGGUGGAUCGUCUGAUGAUUAUGGGUCACGAAGUCAUUGUUUUGGACAACUUCUUUACCGGUACAAAGCGCAACGUUCAGCACUGGAUAGGCCACCCACACUUUGAACUUGUCCGUCAUGAUGUUGUUGACCCAUUUAUGAUCGAAGUAUCUCAAAUUUAUCACCUCGCCUGUCCUGCUUCUCCGCCUCACUAUCAAUAUAACCCAACAAAAACGGUUAAGACUAGUGUUAUGGGAACAAUAAAUAUGCUUGGAUUAGCAAAACGUACAAAGGCACGAUUCUUGCUGACAUCUACGUCUGAGGUUUAUGGAGACCCAGAAGAGCAUCCCCAAAAGGAAACAUACUGGGGUCAUGUUAACCCUAUUGGUCCUAGAGCAUGUUAUGACGAAGGCAAGCGUAUUGCUGAAACCCUGACUUAUUCUUAUAUGCGCCAAAAUGAUGUCGACGUACGGGUUGCACGAAUUUUCAACACUUAUGGUCCUCGAAUGUCACCUGUCGAUGGACGCGUGGUGAGCAACUUUAUCAUGCAAGCCCUGCGAGGUGAAUCGCUUACUAUAUACGGUGACGGUGGACAGACAAGAUCAUUUCAAUAUGUCCACGACUUGGUUGACGGUCUGAUUCUAUUGAUGAACAAGAACUACUAUGAGCCUGUAAAUAUCGGCAAUCCAGAUGAAUACACCAUUCGUGAUUUUGCCGAUAUUAUUCGUGAAAAGGUCCUUUUAUCCCCAAUUUCUCCAGACGAUGUGCCAAUCAAGACCUUACCUUGUCCGACAGAUGAUCCAAAGAAGAGAAAGCCAGAUAUCACAAGAGCCAAAACAUACCUAGGAUGGAAGCCUAAUUUUGAUGUUCACCAAGGUCUACAAGAGACAGUUGAUUGGUUUAGACUACAAAUGACUGAAGGCUUAAUU